UUCCGGGCCCCGGCGUGUUGUCGUUACCAUGGGAACAGCAAGCGGCGAGAGCGGGCCUGGGCCUGGGCCUCGGCCCCGGGUGCGGAGUGCCAUGAACCGGGGCAAGGGAGCCGGGAACAAAGGGCCGCCCGGGAAUCUGAAACAGAAGGAGCAACGCAGCAGCAUCCGAUUCAAAUGUGUUUUGACCAACACUAUUCUUGAUGUUCUUCGUCAGCGACCUGGAUGGGUUGAAGUCAAAGAUGAAGGGGAUUGGGACUUUUACUGGUGUGACAUCAGUUGGCUACGUGAGAACUUUGGCUACACGUAUAUGGAUGAGCAUGUUCGUGUCUGUCACUUUCGCAACCACUAUGAGUUGACACGGAAAAAUUUUAUGGUGAAAAACCUGAAGAGGUUUCGCAAGCAGCUGGAGCGUGAGCAGGGGAAGCAGGAGGCAGCGAAAUGUGACUUUUUUCCCAAAACAUUUGAGCUGCCUGUGGAGUACCACCUUUUUGUGGAGGAGUUCAAGAGGAAUCCUGGAAUCACCUGGAUUAUGAAACCGGUUGCAAGAUCACAGGGCAAAGGCAUCUUUCUUUUCCGAAAACUUAAAGAUAUUAUGGAGUGGAGAAAGGAUGGGAACCGUGCUGAUGAAUCAAAGGAUGAAGUUGCUGUGGAAAGUUACGUUGUACAACGCUACAUUGAGAACCCCUACCUAAUUGGAGGGAGGAAGUUUGAUCUGCGAGUCUAUGUACUGGUGACAUCUUAUGUUCCGCUGAAAGCAUGGUUAUACAGAGACGGAUUUGCUCGAUUUUCGAAUACUCGAUUUUCACUCAGCAGCAUUGAUGAUCAUUUCAUACAUCUCACAAAUGUUGCUGUGCAGAAAACUGCCCCUGACUAUGAUCCAGAAAAAGGCUGCAAGUGGUUAAUGCAACAGCUGCGACAGUACUUGACAGCAAAGCAUGGCACUGAGGCAGUGGAAGCACUUUUUAGAGACAUGGACAAUAUCUUCAUCAAAAGUUUGCAAAGUGUCCAAACAGUGAUCAUUAAUGACAAGCACUGUUUUGAACUCUAUGGAUACGACAUUCUGAUUGACAAGAACCUAAAACCGUGGCUUUUGGAAGUGAAUGCUUCUCCUUCACUAAUAGCCAGUAGCCAGGAAGAUUACGAGCUGAAGUGCCGUUUACUGGAGGACACAGUGCACGUUGUAGACAUGGAAGGAAGAUUGUCUGGGAAGGAAAAACAGGUUGGAGGAUUUGACCUGAUGUGGAAUGAUGGUCCAGUCUAUAGUGAUGGAAACUUUGAUGGAGGCGUCAACCUCAUUUCUAACACUCACUUGGGUAAUAAGAAAAAUGGCUGCAUUAAUGACAGGAAGAAGCAGUUGUGGCAACUCCUUAAACCACUGAUUACACAGAAGAAGUAGCAAUGCUGAGUAGCACUAUAGGAACUGAUGAAGCAUGUAAACACUCUCAUUGCCCCUGUACUGGAACUGUAGUACUGGGCAGAGCAGACUCGCUGCAAUUGUUUGUGUGUCCGUACUCUGCCUGGUGCCACACUGAAAGGCAACAUGGAGCAUGAUUUGCUGUACCACUUUUCUACAGGAUGCUGAGUUCAGGUCCUUGCUGCUGCUCACUGCAAAGUAUUGAUGGAGUGAAAACACAUAGUUUGACCUUUCCUGCAUUUCAGAAUGAAUAAUCACUUCAGC